AUGGAAAUGUGUAAAUGUGGAGAUCCGAUGUUCCCAAUUCCCCACAGCACUGGAAUGAGAGGAUGUCAUGCUACAAACGCAGAUGAACGUGAUUGUUUGAGGAACGCAACACUCUAUCUUAGUGAAGUUUACACCAAAGAUAAAGAUGGCAUUCCCGGUUGCUAUUGUCACCAACCAUGCAAGGAAACCAACUACGAAGUGACCUAUUCCGCAGCAAGAUGGCCGUCCGGCUCCGCAAAAGUCAUGGAUUGCAAUCCUGGCGACUUUCUUUGUCUAGAGAAAUACCGUAAAAAUGCUGCUAUGAUACAGAUAUUCUACGAAGAGUUAAAUUAUGAAACACUGCAGGAAACACCAGCCUACACACUUACAAGCGUGCUUGCUGAUCUCGGUGGUUUGACUGGUCUGUGGAUCGGUGCUUCUGUUGUCAGUCUCCUUGAAAUUUUCUCGCUGAUAGUGUUUGCUUCACAAGCUUAUGUAAGAAACAGGAAAGGAUCAAUGUAA